AAUCUGUCUUACAUUAUUGUACUACCAAUGACUAGAAAGCUGGCCCAGUCUUUCAUUUCUAAAAAUGGGUUGUUUUGGUUCUUUCUUUUGGUGGUGAAUAAUUAGUUUGAAGUGAUUUUAGUCUUCAAUGGCUUCAAUUCUUCGGUUCAGAAAGCUAUGUUAUGUAGAGCCUGUGAAAUUUCAGUCCUUUCAACCCCCAAAAAGUGACAAGAAAGAAGAAACUGUUGCCACCGAGGCCGAAACUGCCUUAGAAAAAAACGAGAAGAGGAAUAAAAGGCAGCCAAAGGAAUGGAGCUGUAUAAACUCUUGCUGUUGGCUAAUUGGGUACUUGUGCACUACUUGGUGGCUUCUUUUGGUCUUGUAUAACUGCUUGCCAGCUACAUUUCCAGGCUUUCAGGUCCUUGAAUCACCUGGAACAAGACUUAAACUUGAAGGCUUGACAGCUCUUCAUCCAGUUGUUUUGGUGCCUGGCAUUGUCACUGGAGGGCUAGAGCUGUGGGAGGGCAAGCCUUGUGCAGAAGGUCUUUUUCGAAAGCGACUUUGGGGUGGUAGCUUUGCUGAGGUUUUAAAACGGCCAUUGUGUUUGCUGGAGCAUCUGGCUUUGCACAAUGAGACUGGUCUCGACCCUCCAGGCAUUCGACUGCGAGCAGUGCCAGGGCUGGUUGCAGCUGACUAUUUUGCUCCAGGGUACUUUGUUUGGGCUGUACUUAUUGAGAAUUUAGCAAAAAUUGGUUACGAAGGGAAGAAUAUGCACAUGGCAGCGUACGACUGGAGACUUUCUUUUCAAAAUACAGAGAUUCGGGACCAUACACUAAGUAGAUUGAAGAGUCAAAUAGAGCUUAUGUAUGAAACAAAUGGCCAUAUGAAAGUGGUAGUGGUGCCCCAUUCCAUGGGGGUUAUCUAUUUUCUUCACUUCCUUAAGUGGGUUGAAACACCUCCUCCUAUGGGAGGCGGUGGCGGUCCAGGUUGGUGUGCAAAGCACAUAAAGGCAAUCAUGAAUAUUGGUCCAGUAUUCCUUGGUGUACCAAAGGCAGUCAGUAAUCUGUUCUCUGCCGAAGCCAAAGACGUCGCAUCUAUAAGAGCUAUGGAUCCUGGUGUUUUGGAUUCUGAGAUUCUUAGACUUCAAGCCUUGGAGCAUGUCAUGCGGGUGACUCGAACAUGGGAUUCAAUAGCAUCAUUGUUACCUAAAGGAGGAGAGACUAUCUGGGGUAAUUUGGAUUGGUCUCCUGAAGAGCGGCAUGCUUGUGAUUUAUCAAAGAAAAGAUACUCGCAAGCUUCUGCAGGUGACAAGGAUACAAAUGACAGUGAUGUGAAGAUGGAUUUUCACGUGAAAGAAUCAAAGUACGGAAGGAUAAUUUCUUUCGGGAAGGAAACAUUGCAGUUAUCAUCCUCGCAGCUUCCCUCUGUUGAUACAAAGGAAUUUUUGGGCACAAGAACCAACAAGAACACUAACUCAGCAUGUGGAGGAGAGGUUUGGACUGAAUAUGAUGAGAUGUGCAGGGAAACCAUCCGAAAAAUAGCAGAAAAUAAACCUUAUACAGCUAGAACUGUUCUUGAUUUACUCCGCUUUGUGGCUCCGAAAAUGAUGCAACGUGUGGAGAGUCAUUUAUCUUACGGGAUAGCCGACAAUCUUGAUGAUCCUAAAUAUACUCGUUACAAGUACUGGUCUAACCCACUAGAGACCAAGUUACCUGAUGCACCAGAUAUUGAGAUAUACUGCUCAUAUGGUGUUGGAAUCCCCACCGAAAGAUCAUAUAUCUACAAGCUAUCACCAAAUGAUAAGUGCAAGAGCAUUCCAUUCCGGAUUGAUAGCUCAGUUGAUGGAGAUGAAGACAGUUGCUUGAGAGGUGGAGUAUGCUUAACUGAUGGUGAUGAGACUGUGCCAGUAGUAAGUGCUGGUUUCAUGUGUGCGAAAGGGUGGAGAGGAGGAACCCGGUUCAAUCCAUCUGGCAUCGCCACACACAUUAGGGAAUAUCAGCACAAGCCACCAGCUAGCCUCCUGGAGGGAAGGGGUCUGGAGAGUGGAGCACAUGUGGACAUUUUGGGAAAUUUUGCUCUAAUUGAAGAUGUCCUUAGAGUUGCUGCUGGGGCCACUGGUGCCGAAAUUGGAGGUGAUCGAGUUUAUUCCGACAUCUUCAGGAUGUCUGACAGAAUAAAUCUUCAGCUAUGAUCAUGUUGCACGUAUUGACCCAAAUUCACCGUAACGCAGAGAGUUUGCCACAAGGCUUGGAGAGAGAACUAACCAGCAUGGAGUUGCAGCAUCAAACCUUGUCAUAAAAGUGAUUAGUAGUAUCAUAGAGUUAAAGGUUGUGGAGUUCUAGUGAUUCCUGAAUCAAGGAAAGCAGCUACUCUAGAGGCGAAGGAAAGGUACACAAGACAGCGGAGAAGCAUUAGCUUUAGCAGCCUGCAGGGGUUUCCAGCCGAGGUUUGGACAUACUAGGCUGUGCGAUCGUGUCCUUGUUUUCCUUCUAUCAUGUUAAUAAAUUAAUAAGAACGACAUGAAC